AAGCACUUUGUUUCUGGUUUAGUUUUGCCCAAGUUUGACGUGACCGUAAUCGCACUGCAGACCUACAGCGUUGCAGUUAUGGGACUGAAAGUUGAGUCUUGUGCCAAAUGUACAUAUGGCCAACCUGUACCUGGUCAAGCCUUAGUGGAAGUGUGCCGUGAUCCAUUUCCAUACAGUCUGCUUCAUAAUGUGACCGGACAGUGCCUGACUCAAACUGCAAAGAUGAAUGCCACGGGCACCAAAUUUGAAGACCAAAUGCAAGACACAUUUCUUGUAAAUGUGAAUGUUACUGAGGAGGGAACAGAUGUAAUGGUGUCAAAAUCUGCAAUGGUGUCCUUUACAAACAAAGCUGUGGAUCUCUUGGAGGGGAGCAACUGGCCCAACAAACCGCCGAGGCCAAUGCCCCGUACUCGGACUUCUCCAAGGCAAAUAAUUUAUGCAGAUCAGAGAGUUCUCUCCUCAAGUCCAUAUACAGCAGCCACUGAGGGCAGGACAGUUCUGCCUAGAGAUCAAGACGAUUCUCCUCAGCCCAUGAGGGCACUGUCUGUAGAUUCACGAGGUGACCUUCUGCAUUCUCAUUCUGUCAGUCACAAAGAGAUUGAUUAUCUCACAGACAAUCUAGGAGACCUGAGACUACCAGGCUCGGCAACUCUGCUAACUUCAAGUCAUCCUUUCUUUUCUUAUGAACCAACUCAAUCCCAACACAAGCUAGCCCAUCAAGAAGAUGCUAUAUAUCCUCAACCUGGUAUUAGGCACAGAGAUAGACCACGUGGUUACUACAACACAGACCACAGAGGCCAUUACUAUAUGUCCACUGACCAAAGAGAUCGCAACCAAUAUCCCGCAGCUGUUCAGUUUAUGCCUCAGGACUAUAGUCAAGAGACAGCAGCUACGUAUGGGACUUAUAAAGAUCAUAGUCUGAACUGCAAACCCGUCAGCUAUUUCCCUUCCACUGAACCAUAUGGUUAUCAGCAACCUUAUCAUGGGAUUCCAGCUACAAGUCCAGUCUAUCAAGAUGAGAGACUUUCUCCAAGGGUUACAUUAGCUCACCAUGCACAUGAGAGACACUCAAACAGCUAUGGUCAAUCAGCUCCUAAUCCUACAGACAAAUCAAGCUUCUUGACCCAGCGACAGUACGCAGAUUACGCUCAGCCUGAGACAUAUCAGUCAUACCACCCAGUGCGCCCUCCUUUUCUUCCAUAUCCUCAUGUAGAGCCCACCUACAGAGGUCCUAUUCCCACCAUUUCUGAUUUUUGCAGUGAAGAUCCCAGAGAGUUUGCAUGACUCAAAAUUGCACUGGAGAAUUUGCUACCUACCGAGGCUACAGAACGUUUCAAUUACCAAAUACUCGUUGAUCAUCUGAAACAGGAGAAUGCCUUGCUCAUUGCAGACUCGUACGUCAACAGCAGGUACCCAUACACCAACACCAUGAGGUCUCUAACUGCACUUUAUGGUCAACCACAUCAACUCGCACUACAAAGAAUUGCAGAAUUGAUGGAUGGCCCAAAAAUCAGGAGUGGUGACACUAAAUCUUUGAGAAUGUUUGCCCUCAAUGUGCGUGCAUGAGUUGGAAUGCUGGACCAACUUGGAGCUAAAGGAUGGACAGCUCAAAUGUGGGUCGCAUGUUUCACGUCUCCUUGUCAAAUUGCCUCAUGAUCUUAAAGCAAACUUCAGAAGGUUUGUUAACCCCAUUCAGAACCCAGUUCCGACACUGAUAGAACUCAGCGAUUGGCUUGAAUAUGAGCUCAGAAUACAAGAGGAUGAGUCACAGUACGUUAGUAAUGUAAGCAGAGCCUACUCUCAGCCACCGAGAGAACAGCAAAGGAAUUGCAAGCCGGUUCAACGAUUUGCUACUGUCUUGGAUGGUGGCGA